GCCGCGCGUGCUCGAGGCCCCACCGGGGGCCACCUGCCGCUGCGGGCUCCUUUGUGCCUGCGCGGGACCCUCCUCCUCCAACCCCCUCAUCAUCCCCAUCACCCCCCCGACGGCGCCGGGAGCGGCCACGGGCCCCAGCCGGGACCCCCGGCCCCGCCUCGGGACGCUGGAGGCGAAGGAAUGGCAUCCAACUCACAUGCAGGUGACGGUCGUGCGGGCUGAGGCCCUCCUGCCCAAGGGAGGCACCGGGCUCAGCAACCCGUACGUGGUCAUCCAGCUGGGGAAACAGAAGUACAUGACGUCGGUGGUGCCUCGCAGCCUGAACCCCGAGUGGCAGGAGGAAUGUGUCCUGCAGCUGCCCGGCCAACUGGACGGGGCUGAGGAGCACGGGCUCACCCUCAGGGUGAGACACCGUGCCCAGUGGCGCCCAGACCCGCUCUUGGGCCAGGCCAGCGUGUCACUUCAACAGCUAUUCCACGACAAAAGGAAGAGGAACAACGAGUGGUUCCGCCUACACUCCAAGAGUGGGAAGACCAAGAAGACCCUAGGGAGCUUGCAGCUUAACAUCCAGUUCAUGGAGAUCUUGGGCCAAAGCACCAGGACCACCCCGUCCAGUAAUACCUGCGGGUCCCGGUCCUCUUUAAGCCAGCUCCGCCACAGGCUGACGAUCAAGAGGUCCAAGAUGUACAAAGGAGUAUCGCUACUCUUGUCAGGCACGUCCACGGUGGAGGACAGUGCCAAGGACUCUGAAUCAGAAGAGGUAGCCACGGUGGCCAUCCCCGGCUCAUCAGGGUGCACCAUCCGAGAGAGAGCGUCACCUGUGGAGAAAUUUUUUUCGUGCUCCACCGUGGAGGAGAACUUCCAGACCUUGGGGUUCACAAUCCACGCCUGCCAAGAGAAAUUCCAGGACUUGAAUCACCUCCCCUACUGCUCGUGUGAGGCGACCUACCUCUCGGACAACUCCCCGACCUGCAGCCCCUCUCUCCCGCAGAGGCUCCCGGGGCCCCCCGAGAAAGCCUGCGAAAUGGGUCUCCCACUCCUCCCAAACACAUCCAUCCAACCGGAGACCUGGAACAAGACCCCGCUGGCCUCCGAAAGGCUAAACCACCAGGUGCUGCCCCAGCAGGACAGACUCCAGGCCACGGUCCCUUCCUGCUUGAUCCCUGAGCCUCCAGGCUCAUCCCCCUCCAAGAUGCCCCAGGGAUCCAGCUCCCAGCCUCAGCAGCAGGAGGCUCAAGGCUUCCGGGAGUGCUAUAAUUCCUGCCUCAACUGCUUUGGUCUCUCCAUCAAUGCCUGAGAGCUUCCACUUCUCUGGCCAACUUCUGUUUAAAAAAAAAGAAAAAAAAUAAAGAUUGACCUAAACACCC